AUCGUCAAGGGCGGCAUGGCCCGGCCCAGCCCCCAUCCGGCCUCCGCCCCUGCCCUUCCUACGCUCCCGGCGGGCGACCUGGUAGCUCCAGAGCCCAAACCUGUCGGGCCGGUUUGUAGAGCCACGGGGACCAAGGGAAGAAGGCUGCAGAAGGAUGCACGGCCUGCCGGGUGCUGGCCCGCACUGUCCACCUCCCAAGCCUGUGCUGCCCUCCCGCCCGAACUCAUGACGCGCUCGCCCGGCCUCGUGGUACCCCUGCUGGGCCUGGGCCUGGGGCUGGCCCUGAGCCUGCCGGUGGCUGUGGCAGUCGACUGCGGGUCCUUCGCGCGAGUGGAGCACCUGGCAUUCGCUCCAGUAGCCAAGACGCGAUGGCUGGCCCCUCGUGUCCGCGCGCCGGGGCCCCUGGACUCCCUGUAUGGCACCGUGAGGCGAUUCCUCUCCGUAGUUCAGCUCAACCCCUUCCCCUCGGAGUUGAUAAGGGCCCUGCUGAAUGACCCAUCUUCUGUGAAGACAGAUGAGGUGGUUCGGUACGAGGCAGGCUACGUGGUGUGUGCUGUGAUCGCUGGCCUCUACCUCCUAUUGGUGCCCACUGCCGGGCUCUGCUUCUGUUGCUGCCGUUGCCGCCGGCGCUGUGGGGGCAGAGUGAAGACGGAGCACAAGGCCAUGGCCUGUGAACGAGGCACCCUCAUGACCUUCCUGCUGUUGACCACCCUCGUGCUUCUGAUUGGUAUGGUCUGUGCUUUUGCCACUAACCAGUAUACACAUAGUCAGACAGGCCCCAGUGUGGAAGCUGUCCCCGAGACCCUGCUCAGCCUAAGAGGCCUGGUGUCUGAUGUCCCUGGAGAGCUUCAGGCUGUGGCUGAGCAGUUCUCCGUGCCCCAGGAGCGAGUCUUGAAGGAGCUGGAUGGUGUCAGUGAGAACCUUGGGAACAUAAUUCAUGACCAACUCAAGAGCACAGUGUACCGGGUGCUAGCCUCAGUGCACAGCCUGGGCCAGGCCCUGCAGGUUUCCAUAGACCACCUUCGAACCCUGAACACCACCUCAGUGGAGCUGCAGGAGCGUCAGCAGUACCUGGAAGCACCUGUGCAGGCACACCGGGACCGCCUGCUCACCCUGCUUCAGGACAGCUGGUGCCACGGGAACUGCGAGGGGGCCCUGAGCCAGGCCAGUGCUCUGCAACUGGGUGCUGACUUCAGCCAGGUGCCCCCUAUGGACAAUGUCCUGCAUCGGCUGAAGGGUGUCCCAGAGGCCAACUUCUCCAGCAUAGUGGAGGAGGAGAACGCCACCUUCAAUAGUCUCCCGCUCCUGAUUGCAGUGCAGAUGGACAGUGUGAUCAAAGAUCUGAAAAAGGUACUGGCUGAGCAGCCCGAAGGUGUGAAGAUACUGGCCCAAGAGUUCCCAGGUUCCGAGGCAGCUUCCCGCUGGAGGCAGGCACUGGAGGGGCUGGAACAGCGCAGCCGCCCCUACUUACAGGAGGUGCAACGAUAUGAGACAUACAGGUGGAUUUUGGGGUGUGUGCUGUGCUCCGCCAUCCUGCUUGUGGCGAUCUGUAACCUGCUGGGCCUCAGCCUAGGCAUCUGGGGGUUGUCUGCCAGGGAGGACCCCAGCCACUCAGAAACCAAAGGCGAGACUGGAGCCCGCUUUCUCAUGGCAGGUGUGGCCUUCAGCUUCCUCUUUGCAGCCCCCCUCAUCCUCCUUGUCUUCACCACUUUCCUGGUGGGUGGCAAUGUGCAGACGCUGGUGUGCCGGAGCUGGGAGAGUGGAGAGUUGUAUGAGUUUGCAGACACCCCGGGAAACUUGCCCCCAUCUAUGAACCUGUCCUACCUUCUUGGCCUAAGAAAGAACAUCAGUGUCCUCCAGGCCUAUCGACAGUGUAAGGCAGGGGCAGCACUCUGGAAGGUUCUACAGCUCAAUGACUCUUAUGACCUGGAUAAGCACCUGGAUAUCAAACAGUAUACCCACAAGUUCCAGCAGAAGCUGCAGAACCUCAAAGUGGAUGUGAAGGAUCUAGAUCUGUUGAGUCCCGCUGCUCGCCGGGACCUGGAGGCUUUGCAAGGUAGCGGGUUGGAGAAAAUCCGAUAUGGAGACUUCCUUGUACAGAUCCAGAAGCCUGUGGUGAGGACUGACAUGGAGCUGCUGGCACGGGAGCUGGAAGAACUGGCCCGGGCUCAAAACAACUCUGUACUGAGGCAGCAACUACAGGAGGAGGCCAUAGAGCUCCGAAGCCUCUACCAGGAGAAGGUUGUCCCCCAGCAGAGUCUUGUGGCCAAGCUCAGCCUCAGUGUCAGGGCCCUGGAGUCCUCUGCCCCAAAACUGCAGGAGGAUACCUCCGAUGUUCUUGGUAAUGUCACUCAUCUAAAAGGAGAGCUGCCUGCCCAGACCAGCUACAUCAUGAGGAAUGCCUCUGAGUGUUUCCUGAUCAGGGAAAUUGGCUACUUCUCUCAGUAUGUGGCCUGGGUGAGAGAAGAGGUGACUCAGCACAUCGCCACCUGCCAGCCCCUCUCUGCGGCCCUGGACAAUGGCCAUGUGAUCCUAUGUGACAUGAUGGCUGACCCCUGGAAUGCCUUCUGGUUCUGCUUGGGGUGGUGCGCCUUCUUCCUCAUCCCCAGCAUCAUCUUCGCAGUCAAGACCUCCAAAUACUUCCGUCCCAUCCGGAAACGCCUCAGCUCCACCAGCUCUGAAGAGACACAGCUUUUCCACAUCCCCAGGGUCACCUCCCUGAAGCUAUAGGCCCCGCCCACUGCUUCUAACAGGGCAAGGCGAUCCCUGGGGCUUCCUGUCCUCCUCCUUCCUU